GUCUUGACAAAAACGGUUUUUUGUUUUCUUCUCAUUUUCGAUGUUUCCGACGGCUUGACACGACCGGUAAAUGCGACGGGAAGGACAAAGCGCAGGCGGAGUCGGUGACUCGUAAAUAACAAAGGAGAGAGGAAAGAGAGGCAGAGACAGAUCGGGCAUGGCGACGGUGGCAUUGGCACCGGGACUGUCCCGGAAGUUGAAGAAGGUGUUGGAGUCGAGAACGGACUCUCCGGAGGUGUUGGCUUCGCUCAACACUCUCUCCGCCUUCUACACCGAUAACACCCCUCAAGUUCGCCGGAACCUCAGAUCCACCAUCGAGAAGCGAUCUCUCUCCAUAAACCACGAAUUCCUACUCGCCUCCCAUGCUGCCCAGCAGGCCUUGGAUCGCGUGGAGGAGGAGGUCGAUGCACUUGCCGAAUGCUGCGACAGGAUUGCUAAAGCAUUGAACAGUUGCAAUGCCAGCACCAGUGAUAUAAUCAUCACCACAGAAAGGCUUAAACAUGAACUUGAAGUAACUUCACAAAGGCAAGAGAUUGCGUCGUGCUUCCUUCGUGAUUAUCAGCUCUCUAAUGAGGAGAUAAAUGCGUUGAGGGAAGAAGACUUGAGCGAGGAUUUCUUUAAGGCUCUUUCUCAUGUUCAAGAAAUUCAUGCCAACUGCAAGAUACUGCUUAGGACACAUCACCAGCGUGCAGGUUUAGAGCUGAUGGAUAUGAUGGCAGUAUACCAAGAAGGAGCCUAUGAACGUCUAUGCAGGUGGGUUCAGGCAGAGUGUAGGAACCUAGGUGACACUGAUAAUCCUGAAGUUAGUGAGCUUUUGAAAACAGCAGUUCGCUGCCUUAAAGAAAGGCCUGUCCUAUUCAAAUACUGUGCAGAAGAGGUAGCAAAUAUGAGGCAUAAUGCAUUGUUUAGAAGAUUUAUUAGUGCUCUUACACGUGGAGGAUCUGGUGGAUUGCCUAGACCAAUUGAGGUGCAUGCUCAUGAUCCUUUACGAUAUGUGGGUGAUAUGCUCGGCUGGCUGCAUCAGGCCUUGGCGUCUGAAAGGGAACUUGUUCUUGUGCUACUUGAUCCAGAUGCUGUGGUAGAUAUUGGACCAACUGCACGACGGUUCUCCAGUAGCAUGGAGAGUGAUUCUGGAAAAGUGGGAUCUGACUUGACCUUUGUUCUGGAUAGGAUUUUUGAAGGGGUUUGUCGGCCAUUUAAAGUGAGAGUUGAACAAGUUUUGCAGUCUCAACCAAGUCUUAUAAUUUCAUACAAACUCAGUAAUACUUUGGAGUUUUACAGUUACACUAUAUCAGAUUUACUCGGGAGAGAAACAGCUCUCUGUAAUACACUUUGGCUACUUAAGGAUGCUGCUCAGAAAACAUUUUUUGACAUUCUCAAAACUCGAGGUGAAAAGCUUUUACGAUACCCUCCCCUUGUUGCUGUUGAUCUUUCUCCACCGCCUGCAGUGAGGGAAGGAGUCUCAGUGUUGCUUGAAAUAAUUGAAACACAUGACAGCAUGAUGGUUCCUGUUUCUGGAAAGAAGCCAGUAUUUGAUCCUGUGAUAUCUGCAUUUUUGGAUCCUAUAAUUCAGAUGUGUGAGCGGGCAGCAGAGGCGCAGAAGUCCAAGGGAACUGUCCACUCAUCAAGACGAAGCAGAAUGAGCUCUGACUCGGGCCAAACUAGUAAAUCAUCAGUUGAUGCAAUCUUUUCAAACGGCAGCUCUGCCUUGUCCUCUCAGAAUAGUGAAACACCUUCCAAGAUAUUCCUCAUCAACUGCUUGUGCGCCAUCCAACAGCCUUUAUUAGGACAUGAGGUUGCUACUGAAUAUGUGAAAAAUCUUGGAGCAAUAAUAAAUAAUCACAUACGGGUUCUUGUCGAAAAAGAAGUGGAUUCCAUUCUUAGAAGAUGCGGCUUGCUGCACAAGAUGACUCACUUCCGUAAUUCAUUCGACAGUGAGGCUGGCGAUGCAAUUUUAGGGCCACCGCUGGCAGAAAUAGAGGAAACAUCUCCAGUCUCUCUUUCGGAGUGUCUGAAGGCUUUCUUUGGGCUUGUUUUGGGAAGUGAAAAUUCCCUGCCGGAGUUUGAGCUGAUGCAGGUUCCAAGGUUGCGUGCUGAAGCUUCUAUUCAGGUGGCUAGAUUACUGGCUGAAAGUUAUGAACUCAUUUACAAGGCAAUCCUGGACCCCAAGAAUGGCUAUCCCGACCCGAAGAUAUUAGCAAGGCAUCCUCCAGACCAGAUAAGGACCAUUUUAGGUAUAUAAUACCGUGUUGAAAUGCCGAUCCCCAUAUUAUUGUCAGAUUGAAGAAGUUAAAAUUUGUCAUUUCCUUUCCCAUCUUCCAAUUUUACUCUGCAGAAACUGCUAGUUUACUUGAUUCGGAUGUAGGAAUCUUAGAAUCCAUUGCUGCUGUUGUGAUUUAUGGUUUCACUUAUAACAAUGAUGUACAAAAAUGACCUCAAUGAAGCCCUCUACCUAUACUAUAUGGUUGAUUACUCUUCCUGGA